GUCUUGCGCAGGCGUAGUCCAUGGCGCGUUCCCGGAAGAGCAGAGGUGGGCGCAGUGUGGUCCCAGCCCGUGGCCCCUGGGUCCAUUAGGGAGAUGAGGAGGAAGCUAGUGAGGGGAGAGCCAGCAGAAAACUUAUAGCCCAGCUUUGAUUAAAGAUGACUUCCUUGUUUACUCAAGAAAUUCACCUUUCUAAAAGACAUGAAGAAAUAGUAUCACAAAGAUUAAUGUUACUUCAGAAAAUGAAAAAUAAAUUUGGAGAUCAAAACGCAGAAAGGACCUCUCUCCUCCAAGCCACUGAGAUUGCUUCUAGAAGAAACCUCCAGCUCUUGCAGGACAUAGACGCUGCAGAGAAGGCUUUUCAGACCAAGCUUAUCCCACACCCACAGCCUGUGGUGCUUUCUCUUGAGACUCGUUACUGGGCAUCAGUAGAAGAACAUGUCCCCAAAUGGGAACCGUUUCUUUUAGGAAGAGCACUGUAUCCAGUUCGUACUGAAAAUCAAAAUGAGGCACCAUUCGUUCAAAAAGAGGCAAAAUCAUGACUUAUUCAUAUGCUCUUUAAAAAAAAAAAACCUAUUUGAUAAAACUAUGUAAGUCAUGGCAGGAACUUAGGGAAGAAGUUUUAUUUUGUCAUUGUUUUCUAUUGUUUCAUUGUUUCAUUGUUUCCUUGGCAGCAGCAGUAUGAUAGUUCUCUGGAAAGUCUCAGGUUAGACCCUUGUACAGUCAUAGAUUCGCCAAGAAAAGUGUUAAAAAUUAAUGGUAAGGCAUAAUGUUUGUUAAGGUGGUGUUAAAUCCGUGUUGUGUGUGCUUACAGCCCACAGCCUCGCUCUCCACUGACCGGGCUGGCUACAGGUGUCUUACAGCCGUGGUUUCCCAUCAUUCACAACAGGAACUGGAGCAGGGCCGAGGCGCUGGCUUGCUUACGUGAAAGGCCGCCAUGCUUCAGCUGCUCUUGUUCAAUACUAGUUAUCAGAAAAUAGAUUCAUGUGGUUGUGUGCCUCAGACAGCCUUCUCCAAGUCCUUAACUAUAAAGCAUUCAAUAGUUAGCCAGUUUGGGGAAGGCUCAAGAUGGUUUUGAAAAAAAAUCUAUGAGAGCUGGGAAUGGCUACUCAGUUCUGACAGGGUUAUUUGAAGAUUACCAACCUUGUGAAAACAAAUGCCCCUCCCGAAAUGCUGUCAGCUCCCCUCCCCCUCCUUCCUAUUAUUAUCUCUGAAACUUAAAAAUAAAACAAACUCGGAAAGCUGUGGGUCACAACGCUCAGCAGAGCUUGAGUCUCCAGUUCCUUACUGGCUGCCUGAGUACUGGGAAAGAAACAGAGUGUGGUUUCCUAGCUGUGGAGGCAGCUUCCAGUGAGAUGCCUGCGCUGCGCUGUACCACAUGGAAGCGUUCUGAAUCGUAAAUGCGGUUUUAUUGUGGUAAAAGUUCUUCUUCCUUUUGUUUGUUUUUUGUUGCCUUUAAGAUAAAGAUCUCACUCUAUAGGCCAAGCUGGCCUUGAAGUCACAGCUACCCUGUUUUAGCCUCUAAAUACUGGGAUUAGAGGUAUGAGCCCCGAUAUUUAGGUUGUUUGUAUUUUUAAAAGAAGACAACAGAAUAAGUUAAAAUGCACAUAAACACUACGACAAAAAAACUAGUAAAGCAUCCAUUGUGCAACACGUUCCUGUUCACUACCAUCUUGAACCGUCCUGUUGAGUGGGUGUUGGUGUGGGUAACAAUAACAUUGUUUUCAUAAUAUGUGCUGGCAGAUUAGCACACUUCUCUGCAGUGUUAACAGUUGUAAUUAAGGAACAAACAGCACAGGGUGUCAGUCCGAUGACAAUUUCAUCUAUAGUGUCACAAUACAAAAUGUCACAAAAUAUUAGAGCUGUUAUAUAGCUAUAAAAAGUAUCGUCUUAAGAGCUGAAGGCAUCUCAGAGAGGAGACAGAGAUUGGAGGAAAUGGAACGCUGACUUAGCGGCCAGAACAAUUUUAUACAUUCUCAAGACUGUCAUGAAAACAAAUUGAUAAUUUUUUCUGUUACAUUACAGUUUGGGCUCCAGCCAUCCAGUUGAUUUAGCAGGAAAAUGCAGGUUUCUUAGCAGCUCCAAAUCAGUAAACAGAUUUAGAUGUAGAAAGGAACAUGAGGUUUAUUUAUUUAUUUAUUUUUUGUAAAUCAUCUAGUCUCCCAGCAUAUGCACAUAAAAAGGUGAAUGAAGCAACGUGAAACUUACUUCUCUUUAGUCAAGUGAAAAAAGGCUAAACAUUUGUUAGCUGGUAAAAUAUUGUGUCAAGUAAGCGGGAACAUUCCAAAAUUAAGCAGUGGUUGAUAUGUUAACGUCCUCAAAUAUUUCAGUGCUCACUUCCUUUGAGAUCUGUAAAUUAAAUCACCAGUAGGUGGAAUUAAAAUACAAAACGAAUGGCAAUGUAACCUCUCCGGAAAGGCUUUGUGUUUUCUCUCUCCCCUACAUCGACUGACUUGCUAGCUUCAUUUGGUAAUUUUUUAAGUGUAAUCUAAUAAAGCUUACACAAUUUUGA